UUUUAUCAUUUUCAAACACCAAGCAAACAGCAUUUUCACUUCAUUAGCCACAUUCAAUAGUUGAGAGUGCUAAUUAACACUGAAAAAUGGCUAAGUUUGCUGCAUCCUCCAUUGCCCUUCUUCUCACUUUGAACAUUCUCUUCUUCACUAUGGUUAGUUCCACUGAUGUCCCAUGUCCACCACCCCCACACCACCCCAAACCCCACCCUANAACUGAAUGCUGCUCUUUAAUUCAAGGACUUGCUGAUCUUGAUGCUGCUGUUUGCCUUUGCACUGCCAUUAAAGCCAAUGUGUUGGGAAUUAAUCUCAAUGUCCCUCUUUCCCUCAGCUUGUUGCUCAACAACUGUGGAAAGUAUGCCCCCAAGGAUUUCCAAUGCGCAUAAGCCAUUUGGUUUUCUAUUUUCCUCCAAUAAUUAAUGUUUCUUUCAGUGUUAUUGGUAUUUUGUAUGCUUAUGGUUCAUAUUGCUUAGGGAGAUAUAUUGUAUUCUAAAAGGUUAGAAGGAAGGCUGGCCGCCUUAUUUUCUAUCCGCUGUAUCCAAUUUAAUUUGCAUUUGUAAUAAAUUUGACAUCUACUAAGGAGUUUUGUAUGUGUCAUUUUCAGUCA